UUGCUGUUUGUACUCCUGCCCUCGCUGGUGGUGCAGCUGCUCAGCUUCCGCUGGUUCGUCUACGACUACACGGAGCCCGCGGGGACCCUGGGACCGGCCGUCAGCACCAAGGACAGGGGCGCCGGCGGGCUCUCCGUCAGCACUAAGGACAGCGCCGCCGCCUUCCUGGCCAAAGAAGGCGGCUCCGAGCUGGGACCCCGGCCCGCGCCCUCCUCGGCCAGCGCCCACCGCCGCCGCUGCUGUCGCCUCUGCGUCUGGCUGCUGCAAACCCUCGUCCACCUCCUGCAGCUCGGCCAGGUCUGGAGGUACCUGCGCACCGUGUACCUGGGGCUGCAGAGCCGCUGGCGCGGGGAGCGGCUGCGGCGCCACUUCUACUGGCGGAUGCUGUUCGAGAGCGCGGACGUGAGCAUGCUGCGCCUGCUGGAGACCUUCCUCCCACCCCGUCCCCACCCUGUCUCCACAGCCCUCUCCACCUCUGCCUCACUCGUGUCCCUGGCCUGGACCCUGGCCUCCUACCAGAAGGUGCUGCGGGACUCCCGAGAUGACAAGCGGCCACUGUCCUACAAAGGCGCCGCGGCCCAGGUGCUCUGGCACCUGUUCACCAUCGCGGCCCGCAGCCUGGCCUUUGCGCUCUUUGCCAGCGUCUACAAGCUCUACUUCGGCAUCUUCAUCGUGGCCCACUGGUGCAUCAUGACCUUCUGGGUCAUCCAAGGCGAGACGGACUUCUGCAUGUCCAAGUGGGAAGAGAUCAUCUACAACAUGGUGGUGGGCAUCAUCUACAUCUUCUGCUGGUUCAACGUCAAGGAGGGCCGCAGUCGCCGCCGCAUGACCCUCUACUACUGCAUCAUCCUGGUGGAGAACGCGGCGCUCACUGGCUUCUGGUACUCAAGCCGCAACUUCUCCACUGACUUCCACUCGCUCAUCCUGGUCUGCGUGGUGGCCGCCAGCUUUGCGCUGGGCAUAUUCUUCAUGUGUGUCUACUAUUGCCUCCUGCACCCCAAUGGGCCCAUGCUGGGGCCCCAGGCACCAGGCUGCAUCUGCCCCGAGGCCCCAGAGCCCUGUGGCCCGCCAGCCGAUGCUGUCACAAGUCCCCCGAGGUCCCUGCCGAGGACUACAGGCGCUGAGCGAGAUGGGGUCUCGGUGGGGGGUGAGCGUGCAGGGACCCCCACACCACCUGUCUUCCAGGUGCGGCCUGGCUUGCCUCCCACACCAGUGCCCCGCACCUUGCGGACAGAGGGGCCUGUCAUUCGGAUUGACCUGCCUCGUAAGAAGUACCCCGCAUGGGAUGCUCAUUUUAUUGACCGCCGGCUCCGGAAGACCAUUCUGGCGCUGGAGUACAACUCACCCGUCACGCCCCGGUUGCAGUACCGGAGCGUGGGGGCCUCCCAGGAGCUGCUGGAGUAUGAGACCACAGUGUAGGCCACAGUUUCUCCCCGCAAAAGGGGAUGGACUUGGCUGACCUCACAUCGACCACAGUGUUGAGCCUGGAAUUUCAGGGCCACCAGGCUAAGGGGAAGUGGAUCUGUUGGUCCAAGGGUAGAGUGGCUCCACCAUUGGGUUCUUUCAGGGGAGGGGGCAGCCUUGUGGAGGCCCCAGCUCUAGGCCCUGUUUUCAGCGCUGUGGCCCAUUUUCUAACAGGCCCCCUCGAAUCAGGGCCCAGGGAAUUCACUGGUGCUACACUCCUCAUGAGCUGCCCCACUUUCAUGAAGGCCUCCAUACCACCUCUGGUGCUGGGGGCUCCACACCCUCUCCCCUGCCUGGAGUUGCCCACGCGUCACCCCUGGUGGACUUGUCAGAGAAGGGGCACUGUCUGGGGUCCUUGACGGAGGCCCUGUGCUCCUGAGGGGGUGCUGGGGAUGAAGGAGACUAUGGAAGAAGUGGAGUGAGGUGGGAGCAUCUGGAGGACAAGGUGGGUACAGUUCCUGUGGGGUCCAAGGUUUGGAGCUUGGGCCAGAGAUGAUUUAAGGGAGGAAGUUGGGGUGGGGUGGGGAGUUGGGGUGGGAGGUAGACAGUGCUA